AUGGGUCUCUUCGAGGACGAGGAUCAGGCGUACUUGAACGACGUCCAGGCCGUCAAGACAUGGUGGAGCGACUCGCGAUGGAGGCACACCAAGCGUCCCUUUACCGCCGAGUCGAUCGUGGCCAAGCGUGGAAACCUCAAGAUCGACUAUCCUUCCAAUGCUCAGAGUAAAAAGCUGUGGAAGAUCCUGGAAAGCAACUGGGAGAACAAAGCUGCCAGUUUCACCUAUGGCUGUCUCGAGCCCACCAUGAUUACCCAGAUGGCUAAAUACCUUGACACGAUCUACGUUUCCGGUUGGCAGAGCUCUUCGACUGCUUCCUCCACCGACGAACCCUCUCCGGAUCUGGCGGAUUACCCUAUGAACACUGUUCCCAACAAGGUCAACCAGCUCUUCAUGGCGCAGCUGUUCCAUGACCGGAAACAGCGCGAGGAGCGUGUGACGACCCCGAAGGAGCAGCGUGCCAGCGUGGUCAAUGUGGACUACCUGCGUCCCAUCAUCGCGGACGCCGACACUGGUCAUGGUGGCUUGACGGCGAUCAUGAAGCUGACCAAGCUCUUUGUGGAGCGCGGAGCUGCCGGUAUUCACAUCGAGGACCAGGCUCCCGGCACGAAGAAGUGUGGUCACAUGGCCGGAAAGGUCCUCGUUCCUAUCAGCGAGCACAUCAACCGUCUGGUUGCCAUUCGUGCGCAGGCCGACAUUAUGGGUACCGACCUGCUGGCCAUUGCCCGAACUGAUUCCGAAGCUGCCACUCUCAUCACCUCCACCAUUGACCACCGUGACCACGCUUUCGUCGUCGGAGCGACCAACCCUAAUUUGCAGCCUCUGAACGACCUGAUGGUCGCUGCUGAGCAGGCCGGCAAGAACGGCGAUGAACUUCAAGCCAUCGAGGAUCAGUGGGUGGCUCAGGCUGGUCUCAAGCUCUUCAACGAGGCCGUGAUCGACUCUAUCGAGAAGGGCGUGCACCCCAACAAGAAGGCCCUGGCCAGUGACUAUCUGAAGGCCGUGCAGGGCAAGAGCAACAGCGAGGCUCGCGCCAUCGCUAAAGGCAUCACGGGCGUUGACAUCCACUGGGACUGGGACGCUCCUCGUACCCGCGAGGGCUACUACCGGUACCAGGGCGGCACGCAAUGUGCCGUCAACCGUGCCAUUGCCUACGGCCCAUUUGCGGAUCUGAUCUGGAUGGAGAGCAAGCUGCCUGACUACAAGCAGGCCAAGGAGUUUGCCGACGGCGUGCACGCCGUGUGGCCCGAAAAGAAGCUGGCGUACAACUUGUCGCCCUCGUUCAACUGGAAGAAGGCCAUGCCUCGCGACGAGCAGGAGACGUACAUCAAGCGCUUGGGUGAACUAGGAUACUGCUGGCAGUUCAUCACCCUGGCGGGUCUUCACACGACAGCGCUGAUCUCGCAUCAGUUCGCCAAGGCGUUCGCGCAACAAGGCAUGCGUGCCUAUGGCGAGCUGGUCCAAGAGCCCGAGAUGGAGCAGGGCGUGGACGUGGUGACGCACCAGAAAUGGAGCGGCGCCAACUACGUGGAUAACAUGCUGAAGAUGGUGACGGGCGGAGUCAGCAGUACCGCAGCCAUGGGCAAGGGCGUGACCGAGGAUCAGUUCAAGCACUGA